AGUGAUGACAAUGCAGAUUCGCCGGCAUCAUCGGACCAGGAGGAUAACGACAAAGGAACCCGGUUGACACUAAUGGAACAGAUUCUUUUAUUAGGAUUAAAAGACAGAGAGGGAUAUACCUCCUUUUGGAAUGACUGUAUUUCUUCUGGUUUACGUGGUUGUAUACUCAUCGAGUUAGCACUUCGCGGUAGAAUUCAGUUGGAGGGCAGUGGCAUGCGCAAAAAGUCGUUAUUGUCAAGAAAAGUAUCCGUAAAAAAUAGUGAACAAACUGGUGACGUAAUUCUUGAUGAAGCCUUGAGACAUAUGAAAGAAACUAAUCCACCGGAGACGGUGACUAGUUGGAUAGAAUAUCUUAGUGGGGAGACCUGGAAUCCCUUGAAGCUACGGUACCAACUUCGCAAUGUUCGAGAGAGGCUAGCUAAGAAUUUAGUGGAGAAGGGAGUUCUAACAACUGACAAACAAAAUUUUCUUCUCUUUGAAAUUACGACUCAUCCACUUUCCGACGGUAAUCAGAAAACGAAACUGAUAAAGGAAGUCCAGGAUGCCGUAUUAGGUAAGUGGACGAACGACGUUCACAGAAUGGACAAAAAGAUGCUUUCACUUAUCAUUCUUGCUCAUGCGUCUGACGUUCUUGAAAAUGCAUUUGCUCCACUAAGUGACCAAGACUACGAGGUUGCAAUGAAGAGGGUUCGAUCUUUACUGGAGUUGGAAUAUGAUGUACAAGCGCAGAAAAAAGGGAACGAAUUGAUGUGGGCUGUGUUUGAGGCGUUCAGCAAGUAG